AUGCCUUUUUUUAAUAAAAGUAUGCAUAAAAUAAAAAAUAUUUUAAAAUGUAAAUACAAAAGAAAAUAUAUGUAUUUUUCGUCUCAAUAUAUUUGUAGUAAUAAUAUAGAAAAAACACCUUCAAAAUAUGCAAAACCAAUUGAAUUAAAAGAAUAUGAAAAUUUUCUUAAAGUUUUACAAAACAAUAAUAUUAUUAUAAAUGAGAUAGGUAAAUUUGUUCUUGUUAAAAAAAACUCAAAUUUAUUAUAUGAUCGAAUUUUAUUUAAUCCAAGUAAUUUUGAUAAGUUAGUAGAAUUUGUGCAAUUUUUAGAAAAAAAUGAAAUUAAAAACGAUUUUGACAUAUAUUUUUACGAAGAAUCCUUGAGUAAUAUCAAAUUAAAUAGAGAUCAAAAUAAAAAGGAAAUAUUUAUAAAUAUAAAAAAUAUUAUGGAAAAUAAAAAAAUUAAAAGUGAUGAAAAAAAAACUUAUCUUGAAAAAAAAAAUAUUAACUCUCUUUAUUAUUACAAUAUACAAAGAUAUGAAGAUAAUGUUGAUCCAUCUUCUUUUCUUAUUGAUAGAAAAAGACUAACUAAAGAAGAAUACACAUAUCAAUAUAUCUCAACAAUUUUACCUUAUAUAUGUUUUACUUUUAUGCUAUUUUUCCCACAUUUUUUAAUAUGCUUAUUUAUACCUCAUAUUAAAAAAAAAAACGAAAAGCAAAGAGAGUUGUGCAAAAUACUUCAAAUUAAACAAAACAUUCAUUCUUAUAAAGAUAUUAAACCUGAACAUAUCACAAGCAUUAUAGAUAAUAAUAUAAAAACAAUCGUUUUUUUUUAUAGUAAUAAUAUUUUUUUAAAUAUGUAUAUAAAAUCUUUACUAGUUGAUUUAUCAAAAAUUUUUAAAGAUAAUUCUAUAUCAGUUAAUAUUGUAGGUAUAGAUAUUUCAAAAUAUAAUAUUCAAUAUAAUAUGAUAAAAGAUUUUAAUGAAAAUUUAUUUCCUUUAAUUUAUUUUAUUUUACCAUAUCAUUAUGAUAAUGAUAGUGCCGUUUUAAAAAUUGAAAAACCAUUAACAGUUGAAAACAUUGUUUCACAAAUAAAAGAUUUUAUUCAUAUCCCUCAGAGUACUUAUAACCAAAUAAAGACACUAGAUAAUAUUGGUAGUAAAUUGAAAAGAUGUGUAUUUAAACACGAAAUUAUGAAUAAAAAAAAAGAAGAUAUAAUUUAUGAUUAUGGGAGUGAAAUAGCUCAUUUGUCUUGCUUAAUAUUUAAUAAUAAAGAAUUAUUCUAUUAA